GCAACAUUUCCAACUUUCAUAACAAAAGCUCCAUCAUUGUCCUCCACCACAUCAUAACACUCUGAGUACAGAGAUGAUGGGGAGAACAUAUUCAUCAGAGAGUGAUGAAGGCAAUAAUGGUUUGAAGAAGGGGCCAUGGACAACAGAAGAGGAUAGAAAACUGAUAGAUUACAUUGAGAAACAUGGACAUGGAAGCUGGAGGGCACUUCCAAAGCUUGCAGGAUUGAACAGGUGUGGAAAAAGUUGCAGGCUGAGGUGGACUAACUAUCUCAGGCCGGACAUCAAAAGAGGAAACUUCUCUGACCAAGAACAGCAAGUCAUCAUCAAUUUGCAUGCAGUACUUGGGAACAAGUGGUCCACCAUAGCAGGUCAUCUGCCAGGAAGAACUGACAAUGAAAUAAAAAACUUUUGGAAUACUCAUUUGAAGAAGAAGCUCAUGCAAAUGGGGUUAGACCCAGUGACUCACCGUCCUAGAUCUCAUCACCUUAAUCUUCUCUCCUAUCUGCAACAAUUAUUAUCUUCUCUCGCAGCAAAUAAUAAUCAUAAUAAUCAUUGGGACAUCCUUAAUACCAUUCAAACUUUGUCUCCUUCACAAUUAGCCAAACUCCAUUUGCUUUACAAUAUGCUUCAAGCCCUCACAGCUACUACUACUACUGCUGUUGCUGCUGCUGCUACUAUGAGUCUAACUCCAUGCAAUCUGGAGCCACUUGUCAAUCCUAUGAUGAUGACAGAUCAUCUUCUCUUACAAGAACAACAUCAAACCCACGUUGGUACUUUUCCUUCUCUUUCCAACUUGCCAAACGUGGUUGAAGGUCUUCAUCAUCAGCAUCAGCAGCAGCAUCUACCACAAGCGAUUGUGAGUGAUGAUGAGCUUCUUAAGAUAAUGCCAUAUUGUUUUGGUGCUCCAGCAGCAGCUUCCUCUUCGAGCUCUCUUCCUAAUCUGGUUUCGCCCACACCUGAUUGCUCUCCAUCUGUUAACAAAAUGAAAAACCUAAAUGAUGGCACUGAUAUUAUUAAUCGUCCUUCUUCCACUUCAACAACCUUUGAUUCAUUAGGAGAUUUUAUGGGUGAGCAUGCAAGUGAAGCUUACUGGAAACAUCUCUUAGACCAAGAAUCUAACCAGCCAUGGUCGUAAAGGACGAAGCAUUCGUGGUUUAUAUGAAAUGCAAUAACGGGGAUUGUCAUUGUUCUAUACAGAAUAACCAAAGAAUUUUGUUGAUUGUGAAUAUGUUGAUGUAUGUAUUUGAAAAUGUUGAUUUUUGGACUAAAUAAUUAAACUUCCUUGUAUAAAGAAUUAAAGAUCAUGUGAGCUUUUCCUUACAACUUAGAU